AUGACAGACUCAUCGCGCCUGAAGUCAACAAUCUACGUUGCUGGUCUGGACAACGCAGUGAACGACAAAAUAUUGGCGGACGUCUUCUUGCCUUUUGGCGAGAUUUUAGAAGUCACAAUACCCAAAUCAGAGCUACCAUCAUCAACGGACCCUCACAGAGGGUUCGGCUACGUCGAAUUCGAAAUACUAGGAGAUGCGAAAGAAGCAAUCGACAACAUGGAUCAAAGUGAGCUUUUUGGUCGAGUCAUCAAGGUCGCGGCAGCCAAACCGCAGAAGGAUAGUAACGAGGGUCUCGGAAGCAAAACGGCUGUCUGGGAAUCGGAGGGGUAUCUUGCAAAGCAUGCCGUGAGCGAAGAAGAUCGGAUAGCAACGGGUCCAGGACGAGAAGAACUGGAAGCCAUACCAGAGGACCCAAUGCAAGGUCUCGAAGGCUUAGACGUAGCUGGACCGCAACCAGUGUGA